ACGGAUAUGAACCAUGACACAUAUUGUGAACCACAAUCAAAAUGUUUCUUCUUCUCCUCUCAACACAACAACAAGUACUACUAUUACAAGGGUUGCUCAUCGGGGCGCUGGCGGUGGAAGCGGAGGAAAUGGAUCGCAAGCUUGUGCGGCGUGUAAAUAUCAAAGGAGAAGGUGUGCGCCGGACUGUUUGUUAGCCCCUUAUUUUCCUGUCGAACGAAACAAGGAAUUUUUGAAUGUUCAUAAGCUUUUCGGUGUUAGUAACCUAUUGAAGUUAUUGAAAAAUGUUCAGCCGUUUCAGAGAGACACCACGAUGAAAUCGCUAAUAUUUGAAGCUAAUAUUCGUGCUGGUGAUCCUGUUGGAGGAUGUUACAGAAUAAUUAUGAAUCUCCAACGGCUAAUUAAUUUUUAUGAGACGGAAUUGCAAUUUACUUACAAUGAGAUUUUCCGGGUACAAGCUGUUGAUAUACAAAAUAAUAUCAAUAGGACGACUGUCAAUACGAAUACUAAUAAUGUUCAAGUAAUGAAUAGUAUCGGAGGAUUCCAUCGAUCGGAAGAAAUUGACGGAUUUGGUGACUAUAGUAUGAGUGGAUUUGGUGAGUCAUCUAAAAGAAUUAAUAGUAUUAGCUCAUUAAAUAGUCAAAUAAUUAAAAUAGAGCUACUCGACGAUUUCAAAGACGAAUUUGCAGUGAAACCAGGUGAAUUUGAAACUAAAGUAGCAAUUUCAAGCUCGAAAGACAAACAAUCUGUGGUUGAAAAUGGGGAUUUGAAGCCAUAUUUUGGAAAGAAUUGUCAAGGCAAAGCAUUAGCAAGCGAUGAUGACAAGGUUGUAUCGAACACACGAGUUAAUUGA